AUGCCGCCUUCAUCUUCCAGUCUGAGGCGGUCCGGGCCGCAUGCUUCAUCUGCCACCACAAGCACGGUAAUGAGCCUUUCUCAGCCAUUGCGAACUGGAAAUCGACCCAAGUCAUCUUCCGGUCGCAAGUCCAGAGCCACCACGGCCUCGUCCAUACUUGGUUAUGAUGAUACGCAAGAUAUUAUCUGCGCUGUGAGUGAGGCACGAGGCGUCACGCCUUCAGUGGGAGUCGCUUUCAUAAACUCUACUCUGGGCGAGGUCACUCUCAGCCAGAUACUCGACAAUCAGUCCUAUGUCAGAACUGUACACAAGAUGCAUAUGCUGUCUCCCUCCAGCAUUAUAUUUAUGCCAGCUGCCUGUCCGCCUAACAAUCCAGGUACUUUAUACUAUCUUAUCCGACAGCUACUACCCGAGACGCAGCUUCAGAUUUUCAACCGUGCUGCCUGGUCAGAGUCUUCUGGGCUUGACUAUAUACGUCACUUGGCCUUUGAGGAUGAUAUCGAUCCACUUAUGGUAGCCGUCCAGGGAAAAUACCAUGCGACGUCUUCCUUCAGUGCUGCAAUGAAUUAUAUAGAGGUCACUUCCAACAUCACUUUUUCUCCACAGUCCCUCCGAAUACACUACGAGCCCAGUGACAAUACAAUGAUGAUUGAUAUUUCAGUAUUCCAGUCCCUGGAGAUUAUGCGCAGCCUGGGCAACGUCAAGUCGAAGAACAGUUUGUUUAGCCUGCUGAACUUCACCUUGACGCCAAUGGGAGCACGGAUGCUCCGAAGCUGUUUAUUACAGCCACCAACGCAGACUGAUUCAUUUAUAGUCCCUCGUCAUGAUGCGCUAGAGGAAUUGGUUAUCAAUGACGAAAUGUUCCUUGCAAUCCGCAAAGCACUCCGACCAUUCCGGGACGCUGAGAAGAUUCUCACCAAGAUUAUCAUUGUCCACAACGAAACCGAUUUGUUGCAUGUGGAAGAAAAGAUGAACCAGGUUCUCAUGAUUAAGAGCUUCCUUGAAGCUGUGCCAGAGUUGCACACGGCACUUGAACCCGCGAGCAGCGCAUUGCUCAUUAAGAUCCGUGAUCUUUGCCACCCAGAGAUCAUCUGUCUGGCCCUGGACAAGAUACGGCAUGUCAUUGAAGCUGAUGUUGCGUACACCACCUCCCCAUUGGGCUUGCGGAACCAGCGCACUCUUGCCGUCAAAUCUGGAAUUAGUGACAUGUUAGAUGUGUCCCGCCAGACAUACAAAGAACUGACCGAAGAGAUUCACAAGCAUAUAGACCGACUCAACGAGUUAUACCAGGUGGAAUCCUCCUUGAAAUUUGAUAACUCGCGGAAAUACUGGCUCUGUCUCAGGGAGUCCGACUUGGGCGACACUAUACUGCCGGAUGUAUUCAUCAAUGUUGUGCAGAAAAAGAACAGGAUUGAAUGUCAGACACUCGACCUCGUGAAGCUAAACCUUCGGCUGGCAGACAUUUCCAACGAGGUAUGUCUCCGCAGCGAUUCGGUGAUCCGGAAUCUUGUAGAGGAGCUCCGACAGGAGAUACCUCAUCUUUUUCGAGCCUGCGAAUCUGUGGCUUUGGCCGACAUGCUGUGCUCUUUCAGUCAGGCAGCUACCACUAGGGACUAUGUCCGGCCGCAAAUGAUUGGGACUUUGGCCUUGAAAGCAGCAAGACACCCGAUGCUCGACAAGGCUGCUGGACGCUCAUUUGUGCCAAACGACUACUACUCAAGUGAACAAUACCGCUUUCACAUUGUCACAGGGUGCAAUAUGAGUGGGAAGAGUGUCUACAUACGAACGGUUGUACUGCUCCAGAUCAUGGCCCAGAUCGGCUGUUUUGUUCCCGCGGAGUAUGCGUCGUUUCCCGUCAUCCACAACAUAUUCGCACGCAUUUCAAUGGAUGACAGAAUCGAGUCCAACUUGUCAACGUUUUCAGUCGAGAUGAGGGAAAUGGCUUUCAUUCUGAGGAACAUCGACUACAGGAGCCUGGCGAUUAUUGACGAGCUCGGGCGUGGCACAAGCACUCGUGACGGCCUGGCGAUUGCCAUUUCCAUAUCGGAGGCGUUGAUUCAAAGCAAGGCAUCAGUGUGGUUUGCGACGCACUUUAUCGAACUGGCAAAGGCUCUUUCCGACCGACCCGGAGUCCUCAAUCUUCAUCUAACAGCCAAGAACACAACAACACACGACGGCGUUCCGCGUAUCAAAAUGCUCUACAAAGUGGUUUCCGGCAUAAGGGAUGAGGGCGAACUCUACGGCAUCAACUUGGCACGAGCUUUGGGAUUCCCUCAGUCUUUUAUUGACAAGGCAGAAGAGACUGCCACUGAUCUAUCGACGAAAAGGGAUGGUGGUGGCCAAGAUGUCCAGGGCCGUCAACAGUUUGCUCGUAGACAUCUUGUCCUUGACCUUUAUGAAUCCCUGAAACAGGCAAGGAACUGUGGCGAGGGGGCGACCCUAGCGCAGUAUUUGGAACGACUUCAGCGUGAGUUUAUCGUGCGCAUGGAAGAGGUUGAUGCAAUGACCAAUUGUGGCUAG